AAAGCAAACUUUUUAUCGUUUUAUAUUAUAUAAAGAUUACAUUAUGUUUACAAUUUGUAAACAACAUUGUGAAAUUCAUCAGUGAAUCUUAUGGAAGUUCUUUGGGAGAGAAUUUUUCUACCGUAUUAGUUUUUUCACGUAUUACAGAUUAAUAUGGAUUGCCAAGAUGUCACCUUUAUGUUCCAAUUUGGUCUAAUAAGAGAUACUGUGACAGUGCCUGUAAAAUUACUGACCUUAAAAACACUAAAAGAGUUUGCAUGUGAUUUCAUAGCUUCAAAGUUACCCGAUAAUGGUAUAAAUCGAUUAGGUGAUCGAUUAUUACUCUUCAGACAUGAAUAUAGUAGUCCAAAUUGCUUGAAAUUAAUAAACUCAGCAACAGAUAUCACAGAUGAAGCACUUGUCGAAAUAGUUCUGACACAAUUUAUAAAUAGUCGAAAUGAAUCACAGAGCAACCCUGUUCAAAAACCUCAUCACUUGGUCGUAAACUCUUAUAGAUCACCUGCUUUCUGUGAUUUUUGCGGGGAGAUGUUAUUUGGUUUAGUGCGACAAGGCCUUAAAUGUGAAGGUUGCAAUUUGAACUAUCAUAAACGUUGUGCGGUAAAAGUUCCCAACAAUUGCACUGCCACUAUCAAUCAACACCCACAACAGCAACGUCGCAACAGUCAAACCCCCUUCUGCACGUCUGGUUCACAAGGCGGCAGCAGUGGUUCCCUCAAUAGCACCACUGACGAUCAAUGCCAACUCACCAGUGCCACCAAUGACCAGAAUAUUGGAUCUGGUGCCAACCAUUUGGUGAGGAAAAUGCAACAAUUGAUGAAUGAUAUUGCGGGGUCUUUUGUAGUCCCAAGAUCAACUAAUUGUCAGAACAAUGUUGUGGCAACAGUCCAGACUGGUAGUUAUAGCAGGAUUGGCAUACCACAUACUUUUGUUCUGCACACAUACACCAGGCCUACGCAGUGCCAACAAUGUAGGAAACUUCUACAUGGUCUGUUCAAACAAGGUGUCCAGUGUCGAGACUGUCAUUUCAAUGCGCACAAGAAGUGCGUCAGCAAGGUAGCCAAGGAUUGCGCUGGAGAAAAUCCUAUUUUGCCAGAUCUUACCGAAAACUUAGAUAGCAGCAAUGCCAGUAGCGAUAGAGAUUCCUUGAUCAGAGAUGAUUUUGAUGAAAAAGAUGGACCAGCUAUAGGAACACUUGUUAAUUUUAUGGAUGAAGCAGAUGUUCCUCAAUAUCUGGGUAAUAAUACCGACAGGAUACCGGAUUAUGAUAGUGGACCUGAUAAGACUCCUUCUAUUCCUUCAAGCCUUUCUUCGGUGCCCAGCAGUGCAAACAUCCCUCUGAUGCGGGUAGUUCAAUCAGUAAAACACACGAAACGGCGCGAUGGUAGGGCCAUCAAAGAAGGCUGGCUGGUUCAUUUCACAAAUAAGGAUAAAACGAUAAGGCGACAUUAUUGGCGACUGGAUCCAAAAUCUAUAACAUUAUUUGUAUCAGACCAAGGUUCAAAAUACUACAAAGAAAUUGCUUUAAACGAAAUUAUCGCCAUUAAUCAAGCUAGGAAUUUGAAAGGAGACUUGAUGCAUUGCUUCGAGUUGCGUACCGUAAAUAUAGAUUACUUUGUUGGCCAAGACCCGAUGUUCGACCUAAAAGACGGACCGACUGAAUUGACACUGCCACCUCCUGAUAGCGGAAUUGGUGCAUAUUUAGCCAAAAGCUGGGAGACAACUAUUAGGCAAGCUUUAAUGCCAGUCACCAACACUUCAAAAUCCGAUGUAACUGGAGAACCAGAAGAAAGGAUUACGGACAUGAGUCAAUUAUAUCAAAUAUUUCCUGAUGAUGUUUUGGGAUCUGGACAAUUUGGAAUUGUUUAUGGAGGUCUUCACCGUCGUACACAACGUGCUGUUGCUAUCAAAGUAAUUGACAAACUGCGGUUUCCUACAAAACAAGAAGCUCAACUCAAAAAUGAAGUAGCAAUUUUACAGAAUUUAUCACACCAAGGUGUUGUUAAUUUGGAGAGAAUGUUUGAGACACCUGAAAGAAUAUUCGUCGUCAUGGAGAAGCUGAAAGGAGAUAUGCUCGAGAUGAUAUUAUCACAUGAAAAGGGAAGAUUGAGUGAAAGGAUCACUAAAUUUCUUAUAACACAGAUCCUAAUAGCGCUAAAGCAUUUACACAGCAAAAACAUUGUGCAUUGCGAUUUGAAACCAGAAAACGUACUCUUGUCAUCGGAUAGCGAUUUUCCUCAAGUGAAGUUAUGUGAUUUUGGUUUUGCCAGAAUUAUUGGUGAAAAGUCAUUCCGCAGAUCCGUAGUUGGUACGCCAGCUUAUUUAGCGCCUGAGGUUUUGAGAAACAAAGGGUAUAACAGAUCUCUUGAUAUGUGGAGCGUUGGUGUGAUAAUUUAUGUGAGUUUAAGUGGUACUUUUCCUUUCAAUGAAGAUGAAGAUAUAAAUGAACAAAUACAAAAUGCUGCCUUUAUGUACCCACCUAAUCCUUGGAAAGAAAUUUCUUCAGAAGCUAUUGAUCUUAUCAAUAACUUACUCCAAGUUAAACAACGCAAACGAUUAACUGUCGAUAAAACCCUGCUGCAUAGCUGGCUGCAAGAUCCUAAAACGUGGACCGAUCUUCGCAACCUAGAAAAAGAGGUUGGCGUUCGUUAUCUAACUCACGAAUCCGACGACGAUCGCUGGGAGCGAUCGACAUGACAAGCGACAGCGACUGAAACGCAACCAGAAUCUCUCAACGCGACCAACCUCAAUGAAU